GCAGCGCUAUUCUGUAUUCUCGCAUCCACAGGAGCCAAAGCCAGCUUGAUCGGAGGUUUAGUUGUCGUCUGAUAGCUCAAUUAGUUAGCUGAUUAACGUGGUGCAGAAGCCGUUCAGCUAGCUAGCGAUAUGAUGGUGGCUUCAAUGUCUCGCCGUUUCGUGGCGGCGGCGUGUGUCGUCGCGACCGUGGCGUUCGCUCUCUUGGCCUCGACCAGCAGCGCGCAGCUGGACCCGCACUUCUACGACAAGGCGUGCCCCGCGGCUCUCCCCACCAUCAAGAGGCUCGUGCAGGAGGCUGUGGCGGCGGAGCCCCGCAUGGGCGCGUCGCUGCUGCGGCUGCACUUCCACGACUGCUUCGUCAACGGGUGCGACGGGUCCAUCCUGCUCGACGACACGCCCUUCUUCACCGGCGAGAAGAUGGCCGCGCCCAACGCCAACUCCGUCCGCGGCUUCGACGUGAUCGACCGCAUCAAGGGCGCCGUCAACGCCGCCUGCAGGGGCAAUGUGGUCUCCUGUGCCGACAUCGUCGCCGUCGCGGCACGUGACUCCGUCGUCGCGCUGGGAGGCCCGUCGUACAACGUGCCGCUGGGCCGCCGGGACGCGCGGACGGCGAGCCAGGCGGCGGCGAACAACAGCAUCCCGGCGCCGACCUUCAGCCUGGACCGCCUCGCCUCCAACUUCGCGUCGCACGGCCUCUCCCUCCAGGACCUCGUCGUGCUGUCCGGAGGCCACACGCUGGGCUUCGCCCGCUGCACAAACUUCCGGGACCGCCUCUACAACGAGACCGCCACCCUGGACGGCUCCCUCGCCGCCUCGCUGCGGGCCGUGUGCCCGCGCGCCACCGGCAGCGGCGACGACAGCCUCGCGCCGCUCGACCCCACGCCGGCGCGAUUCGACGGCGCCUACUUCGCCUCGCUGCUGCGGAGCAGGGGAGUCCUCCACUCCGACCAGCAGCUGUUCGCCGGCGGGCUCGGCGUCACGGACGCUCUCGUCAGGUUCUACGCCGCGAACGCCGACGCGUUCAGGAGGGACUUCGCGGAGGCCAUGGUGAGGAUGGCCAGCCUGAGCUCGCUCACCGGGAGCAGCGGCGAGAUCCGCUACGACUGCAGGAAAGUGAACUACUCUUGAGUGGAUUUGCUUCAUUCGCACGCGCACAGCUGACGGGCUAGAACGAACGUGUCAGUGUGCUGUUGAAUCCAGAACUACUGUUCGUGUCAAACAGUGUUAUUUCGGUUAAGUUUUCUACAUUUAUGUUGUUUUGUCACCGGUGAAAAAAAAAGAGCUUCAGGCCUGGUUCUUAUUUUGCUGUAGUCUUUCGUUUGGUUGGCAGUUACUUGUGAGGUGUGUAUAUGACUGUUUCAUCUGACGUUUCAGUUGUACGACGCAUUUCAAAUUACUACUGUACUUCGAUAGAGAGGAAGCAAUUCAAAGCUGUUUCUAAGACA